AUGGCUUCACUUCCACCUCCUCCACCUCCGGGAUGGGGCCCAGCACCUCCUUCGAUGCCUUUGGCACCCCCGCCACCAGGGUAUCGGCCGCCAGCCGAUCCCAAAGUCGCAAAGUUUGCUCAGAAGAAGACAGAAUGGUUAAGAACUCAGCGCAACAGGUUUGGCGAAAAGAGAAAAGGUGGUUUUGUCGAAUCUCAAAAGACAGACAUGCCUCCUGAGCAUUUGCGAAAAAUUGUCAAAGAUAUUGGUGAUGUGUCGCAGAAAAAGUUCAGCAGCGAUAAGCGCAGUUAUCUGGGAGCUUUGAAGUUCAUGCCCCAUGCUGUUCUCAAGUUGUUGGAAAAUAUGCCUAUGCCUUGGGAAUCAGCCCGUGAGGUUAAGGUUCUGUACCAUGUCAACGGUUGCCUGACUCUCGUCAACGAGAUUCCGCGAGUUAUCGAGCCCGUUUACCAUGCACAGUGGGCGACUAUGUGGGUUUGCAUGAGAAGGGAAAAAGCAGACCGAAGACAUUUCAAGCGCAUGCGCUUCCCGCCAUUCGACGACGAAGAGCCGCCGCUUUCGUGGUCCGAAAAUAUUGAGGACGUCGAACCUUUGGAACCCAUACAAAUGGAGUUGGAUGAGGUCGAAGAUGCUGCCGUCUACGAGUGGUUCUACGACCAUCGACCUCUUCUUGAUACCCCUCAUGUAAACGGGCCGAGUUAUAAGAAAUGGAAUCUAUCGCUACCACAAAUGGCAACUCUCUAUCGAUUGAGUCAUCAGCUAUUAAGUGAUGUGGUUGACAAGAAUUAUUUUCACUUGUUUGAAUUAAACAGCUUCAUCACUGCCAAAGCUUUGAAUGUGGCUAUGCCUGGAGGACCUCGGUUUGAACCUCUAUACAAGGAUAUCGAUCCGAACGAUGAGGAUUUCGGCGAGUUCAACGCCAUUGACCGAAUCAUUUUCCGUUCCCCAAUUCGCACAGAAUAUCGCGUAGCGUUCCCCUACCUCUAUAACUCUCUUCCACGAAGCGUUAAGCUCUCGUGGUAUUCGCAUCCGCAAGCAGUCUAUGUUCGAUCAGAUGAUCCCAAUCUUCCCGCCUUUUACUUCGAUCCCGUUAUUAAUCCUAUAUCGUCACGCUCCGUCGCACCAAAGAAUAUCACUGUUUCUCACGAAGAUGAAAUCUUUGGCCCUGGUAAUAAUGAGGACGAUGACUUUGAGUUUCCAGGCGACGUUGAACCUUUCUUGGCGGAUGAAGAGCUAUACAACAGUGAUACCGCAUCUGCUAUCGCCCUCUUGUGGGCUCCUUAUCCGUUUGAUCGCCGCUCUGGUAGGAUGGUUCGUGCUCAAGAUGUGCCAUUGGUGAAGCAGUGGUAUCUAGAACACUGUCCGCAGGGCCAACCUGUCAAAGUCCGCGUCUCAUACCAGAAGCUUUUGAAGACAUAUGUCCUCAACGAGCUGCAUAAGACCAAACCUAAAGCUCACAACAAACAGGAUCUUCUGAGAACACUUAAGGGUACCAAGUUUUUCCAGACUACGACAAUUGACUGGGUGGAAGCAGGUCUUCAAGUCUGCAGACAGGGCUUUAACAUGUUGAACCUGCUUAUUCAUCGAAAGAACUUGACUUACUUGCACCUUGACUACAACUUCAAUCUCAAACCGGUGAAAACUCUGACCACGAAGGAACGGAAGAAGUCUCGUUUUGGUAAUGCUUUUCAUCUUAUGCGAGAGAUUCUGCGGUUGACAAAAUUGAUUGUCGAUGCGCAAGUUCAGUACCGCCUCGGAAACAUCGAUGCAUUCCAAUUAGCUGACGGUAUUCUUUAUGCUUUCAACCAUGUCGGACAGUUGACUGGAAUGUAUCGUUACAAGUACAAGUUGAUGCACCAAAUUCGGUCUUGCAAGGACUUGAAGCAUCUUAUUUAUUAUCGUUUCAACUCCGGCCCAGUCGGUAAGGGUCCAGGUUGCGGCUUCUGGGCUCCAGCAUGGCGUGUAUGGCUGUUUUUCAUGCGCGGAAUCAUCCCGUUGCUCGAGCGAUGGCUUGGCAACUUGCUUUCUCGUCAGUUUGAAGGUCGUCAUAGCAAGGGUGUUGCUAAGACAGUGACAAAACAACGCGUGGAAUCUCAUUUUGAUUUGGAACUGCGUGCUUCAGUCAUGGCCGACCUCAUCGACAUGAUGCCCGAAGGAAUCAAGCAGAACAAGGUCAACACGGUUUUACAACACUUGUCUGAAGCGUGGCGGUGCUGGAAGAGUAACAUUCCAUGGAAGGUGCCAGGUCUUCCAGCUCCCAUCGAAAAUAUUAUCCUCCGAUAUGUCAAAGCCAAGGCUGACUGGUGGAUAUCCGUCGCUCACUACAAUCGUGAAAGAAUUCGACGGGGAGCUACCGUGGAUAAAACUGUCGCGAAGAAGAAUUUGGGUCGUCUAACGCGACUGUGGCUGAAAGCAGAACAGGAGCGACAACAUAACUACCUCAAAGAUGGUCCAUACGUAUCGUCAGAAGAAGCUGUUGCGAUCUAUACCACAACUGUUCACUGGUUGGAAUCCCGCAAGUUCUCGCCAAUACCCUUCCCAAGUGUAUCUUACAAGCAUGACACAAAGAUUUUGAUUCUGGCUCUUGAACGUCUACGGGAGUCCUACUCAGUCAAGGGCCGUCUCAACCAAAGCCAGCGUGAGGAACUCGCUCUUAUUGAGCAGGCGUAUGAUUCUCCUGGUACCACAUUGGCCAGAAUCAAGCGGUUCUUGUUGACACAGCGAGCGUUUAAAGAAGUGGGAAUUGACAUGAAUGACAAUUAUAGCGAUAUAAACCCUGUCUAUGACGUUGAGCCUAUCGAAAAGAUCACGGAUGCUUAUCUGGAUCAAUAUCUGUGGUACCAAGCUGACCAACGCCAUCUGUUUCCUUCGUGGAUUAAGCCUUCUGAUUCUGAGGUGCCACCUCUCCUGACAUACAAAUGGGCUCAAGGAAUCAACAACCUGUCCAACGUCUGGGAAACCGCUGAUGGCGAAACGAAUGUCAUGAUUGAGACAAAACUCUCCAAGGUCUACGAAAAAAUCGAUUUGACUCUGCUCAACCGACUCCUUCGUUUGAUUAUGGACCACAACUUGGCCGACUACAUCACCUCCAAGAACAAUGUUCAGUUGAACUACAAAGACAUGAAUCAUACAAACAGUUAUGGAUUGAUCCGUGGUCUUCAGUUCUCUGGUUUCGUCUUCCAAUACUAUGGCCUAGUUAUUGAUCUCCUUCUUUUAGGUCUUCAGCGAGCGAGUGAAUUGGCUGGCCCUCCUCAGAGUCCCAAUGACUUCUUACAGUUCAAGGAUCGUGCUACAGAGACACGGCACCCUAUCCGUCUCUACACGCGCUAUGUGGACAAGAUCUGGGUUUUCCUACGUUUCAGCGCAGACGAAUCCCGAGACCUUAUUCAACGUUUCUUGACCGAGCAGCCAGACCCUAACUUUGAAAAUGUUAUCGGUUACAAGAAUAAGAAGUGCUGGCCACGUGAUUCCAGGAUGCGUCUCAUGCGUCACGAUGUCAAUCUCGGACGGGCUGUUUUUUGGGACUUGAAGAACAGGUUACCGCGAUCCAUUACCACCAUCGAAUGGGAUGAUACAUUUGCGAGCGUGUACAGCAGGGAUAACCCAAAUCUGCUUUUUUCUAUGUGCGGUUUCGAAGUCCGUAUACUUCCAAAGAUCCGCAACCAAAACGAAGAGUUCCCUGUGAAAGACAGUGUCUGGUCUCUUGUGGACAACGCGACCAAGGAGCGAACUGCAUAUGCCUUCCUUCAAGUUACGGAAGAAGAUAUUCAGAAAUUCAAUAAUCGCAUUCGCCAAAUUCUUAUGUCCUCUGGAUCGACGACAUUUACCAAGAUCGCCAACAAAUGGAAUACUGCCUUGAUUGCGUUGUUCACCUAUUACCGUGAAGCUGCUGUGUCAACCGUCAACCUUCUGGACACGAUUGUGAAGUGCGAAACAAAGAUCCAGACACGAGUGAAGAUUGGCUUGAACUCUAAGAUGCCUUCGAGAUUCCCUCCGGCCGUCUUCUACACGCCAAAGGAGUUGGGCGGUCUUGGUAUGAUUUCUGGUUCCCACAUUCUCAUUCCCGCAAGCGACAAGCGCUGGUCUAAGCAAACUGAUACCGGGGUUACUCAUUACCGCGCGGGUAUGUCCCAUGACGAGGAGACAUUGAUCCCCAACAUCUUUCGGUACAUCAUUCCUUGGGAGGCGGAAUUCAUUGACUCUCAACGAGUGUGGAUGGAGUAUUCCCAGAAGAGACAGGAGGCCAACCAGCAAAAUAGGCGUCUGACACUUGAAGAUCUGGAGGAUAGCUGGGAUCGUGGUCUUCCUCGAAUCAAUACACUGUUCCAGAAGGACCGAAGCACAUUGAGUUUCGACAAAGGCUUCCGUGCUAGGACCGAGUUCAAGAUCUAUCAGAUCAUGAAGAGCAAUCCAUUCUGGUGGACUAGUCAGAGACACGACGGCAAACUCUGGAAUUUGAAUGCUUACCGUACCGAUGUGAUACAGGCACUGGGCGGUGUUGAAACCAUUCUUGAGCACACCUUGUUCAAGGCAACGGCUUUUCCAUCGUGGGAGGGCCUAUUCUGGGAACGAGCUAGUGGCUUCGAAGAGUCGAUGAAAUUCAAAAAGCUCACCAAUGCCCAGCGUUCCGGUCUCAAUCAGAUUCCAAAUCGUCGAUUCACUCUAUGGUGGUCUCCAACAAUCAACCGAGCCAAUGUGUAUGUUGGUUUCCAGGUCCAGUUGGAUUUGACUGGUAUCUUCUUGCACGGAAAGAUUCCGACGCUCAAGAUUUCCCUGAUCCAGAUCUUCCGUGCCCAUUUGUGGCAAAAGAUUCAUGAGUCGGUUGUUAUGGAUCUCUGUCAGGUCUUUGAUCAGGAACUGGAAGCUCUUGGCAUUGAAGCAGUUCAGAAGGAGACUAUCCAUCCUCGAAAGUCAUACAAAAUGAACAGUUCAUGCGCAGACAUUCUACUAUUCGCAACAAACAAAUGGAAUGUAACUCGGCCAUCUCUUCUUUUCGAUACCAAAGAUGUUAUUGAGCCCACAACGACGAACAAAUUCUGGCUUGAUGUUCAACUACGAUAUGGUGAUUACGACUCCCACGAUAUUGAACGUUACGUACGAGCGAAGUACCUGGAUUACACAACAGAUAGUAUGAGUAUCUAUCCCUCGGCUACUGGCUUGAUGAUCGGUAUCGAUUUGGCCUACAAUCUUUAUUCGGCUUAUGGUCAAUAUUUCCCCGGUUUGAAAGCGCUUAUUCAGCAAGCUAUGGCCAAGAUCAUGAAAGCAAAUCCCGCUCUUUAUGUGUUGCGUGAACGUAUACGCAAGGGUCUGCAGCUCUAUGCUUCUGAGAACAACCAAGAGUUCCUCAACUCUCAGAACUAUUCUGAGCUGUUCAGUCCUCAAAUUCAACUCUUCAUCGAUGAUACAAACGUCUACCGUGUUACAAUCCAUAAGACUUUUGAGGGUAACUUGACCACGAAGCCAAUCAAUGGAGCAAUCUUCAUCUUCAACCCCCGUACCGGUCAACUAUUCUUAAAGAUCAUUCACACGAGUGUUUGGGCUGGUCAGAAGCGUCUAGGUCAAUUGGCGAAGUGGAAAACGGCAGAAGAAGUUGCAGCACUCAUUCGCUCCUUGCCAGUUGAAGAACAGCCGAAACAGCUUAUCGUUACGCGAAAGGGUCUUCUUGAUCCUCUCGAAGUUCACUUGCUUGAUUUCCCCAACAUUUCAAUUCGUGCAUCUGAACUUCAGCUUCCCUUCCAAGCUGCGAUGAAGGUCGAGAAGCUUGCAGACAUGAUCUUGAGAGCUACAGAGCCACAGAUGGUACUGUUCAAUCUCUAUGAUGAAUGGUUGAAAUCGAUUUCCCCUUAUACUGCAUUUUCCAGAUUGAUCUUGAUUCUUCGUGCGCUUCACGUUAACACUGAUAAGACCAAGAUCAUCCUUCGACCAGACAAGACUGUUAUUACUCAAGAACAUCAUAUCUGGCCAACACUCUCUGAUGAUGAUUGGAUCAAGGUCGAAGUCCAGUUGCGUGACCUGAUUUUGAAUGACUACGGCAAGAAGAACAAUGUCAAUGUCCAGAGUUUGACCAGCAGUGAAGUCCGAGACAUUAUCCUCGGUAUGGAAAUCAGUGCACCAUCAUUGCAACGUCAGCAAGCGGCCGAGAUUGAAAAGCAGCAAGAGGACCAGAAACAGCUUACAGCUGUCACCACUAAGACUCAGAAUGUCCGUGGCGAAGAGAUCAUUGUGACAACUACCUCACAGUAUGAACAACAAUCAUUCGCUUCCAAGACAGAAUGGCGAACUCGCGCUAUUGCCACGUCCAACCUUCGUACUCGUGCCAACAACAUUUAUAUCUCAUCCGAUGACAUUCGUGAAGAAGGGUUGUACACAUAUGUCAUGCCCAAGAACAUUCUGAAGCGCUUCAUUAUGAUUGCCGAUCUCCGAGUCCAGGUAGCCGGUUACCUCUAUGGUAGAUCGCCUCCUGACAACGAUCAAGUCAAAGAGAUUCGUACCAUUGUUAUGAUUCCUCAAGUCGGUAAUACUCGUGAUGUCCAGCUCCCACAACAGUUGCCUCAACAUGAAUACCUCAAGAACUUAGAACCAUUGGGUGUAAUUCAUACGAUUUCGGGCAAUGAGCCAUCAUACAUGACUGCGCAGGAUGUUACUCAACACGCACAUCUCAUGAAUGCACAUUCAUCAUGGGACAAGAAGACAGUUACCAUGACUGUCUCUUUCACGCCUGGAUCCGUUUCGCUUGCAGCAUGGGCCUUGACUCCUCAAGGUUACAAAUGGGGUGCUGAGAAUAAAGACACUAGCUCUGACCAACCGCAGGGCUUCUCUACAAGCAUGGGUGACAAAUGCCAGUUAUUGCUCAGUGACAAGAUCCGGGGAUACUUCCUGGUGCCUGAAGAUAACGUAUGGAACUACAGCUUUAUGGGCAGCUCUUUCAGCAGCGUUGAAAAGCGAUCUGUCUAUGUCAAAAUCGAUACGCCUCUUCGCUUCUACGAUGACCAGCACCGUCCUUUGCACUUCCAGAACUUUGCGGAGUUGGAGGACAUUUGGGUUGAUCGUACUGAUAAUUUUGCCUAA